UGACGUAUAAAUUCCCGUUUUUAUUCGCCCGGGUGGAGCAGAAAAGUAGGACGUUAAACCCCAUUUAGUUUAUUCGGCGAUAUACUGGGCUUUAAUGUCCACUUCCACACCAGUCAGAGUAAUAGCCUCGAACAAAGUCCACCUACACUAUUUUACAUGAUAUAUCGACGACUGAUGAAAACAGAAAUAGAUGUGAUGGAGUUUAGAAUUUGGAUUUCGUGCCAAACGAUGAUCCGUGUUUCUGCGCCUGCCAUUCAAACUUUGUAAACGUGCUUUGGUGAGUGUGAGAAAAACUGACGUAAUAUGUGAACUGUGUGGGCUGUAAUUUACAGUAAGUAGUGUGAAUUGUUAUGGAUGAGAGUGGAAACGACAAUAUAAGUUAUUAAGUUACGCAGUUAGUCAAAUAAAAAUGCCAGGAGGACACAUGAAACGGUUUGGGAACUGAGACCAGAGUUAAUAUAAUAACAAAGAAUUUGGUUGUUAGUCGGACAAUAUGCUUCUUCAAGCGUAUCUCUUAUUUGGAGCUUUAUUGCUUGUAGAAACCAAAGAUAGACGCCGAAAACCUCCAACCCGAACCCUUGGUACGUCACCCGAACCUCAUAUUGAUGAAAGGAACGAAACUGAAAUUUUCUUUGCUAAAGUCAUUUAUAACCAUUCCAGAUAUUGUUCUUCGGACAGUGUCUGCGAAAAUGCAGUUUUUGCAUCUGAUAGUUGUCCAAAGUGCAAUAAAUGCCAAUGUGAUGAGGCGUGUUCCUAUUACGGCGACUGCUGUCCCGACAUCGCUUUACGUCAACCCAAAAAAGUAACCAAGAGAUUUGAUUGUGUGAGUUCAUUAGUUCAAAGUGUGUAUCCUGUUGAAAUCUUUGAAUUGCGGGUGAACGAAAACGAAAAAUAUUAUAUGACAGCUACAUGCCCUAGCAACGACCUUGGCCUGAGAGUGAAGUGCUUUAAUUCAACGGCGUCAGAACCGGUGACAACCAUGGACAACACCACUACAUACAAAAACAAAUAUUGUGCUUUAUGCCAUAACGUGACCAACACAAGAAAAUGGAAGAUGUCAAUAGAAUGUCACUUAGACACGUACUCAAAUGAGGCGUAUUCGACCUUGAUGGAGCUUGUCAAUAAUUCAAUUCACCACCCGAACUGUACUGUCAAAUUUAAAGCUCCGCAUGGCGUUACAACAAGAACGUGUUUUAAUGGCAAAGGAACAAUAGCAAAGUGUAACGCCACUGGUUUAUGGUCACAGUAUGAUGAAUUUGUGGAAAAGGCGUGUCAUAGUUACAGAACAAUACAAGAAGUCGAUGGUAUUUUCUAUAACAACCCUUUUUGUUUCAUCUGCAACACAGAAAAUCCCGAACGAGUUCUAAAGAUAAAAUGCAAAAGACAUCGUCCCUUGAACACGCCAUCAUUUACAGCGCUACUUGACUUUAGUGAUGUUAUUUAUGGAAGUGAUGAGGUCACAAAGUCUCAGUGUCCUAAAGCAACUGUUUAUGACCAAGAAAAGAAGGAGUGUAGAAAAAUAAGCUGUUCCCCGGGGCGUGAACUCAGAAACCAAACCUGUAAAUCCAUAUUAGGAGAAUCAAGCGGCAAUGCUUACUCAGUAUAUUUCAGUCUGACCUUAGACAAUGAAAUUUCACUAAAAGAAAAUGAUGGCGUCCUCAGCGAUCUACCAGUCGUCUUGGAACAAUAUAUCCGUGCAGUCUUAUUGGGCAAUCAAGUUAAUAUUCACGAGAGGGUUGUAGCGUUUAAUACAACUGGUGCCUAUGGAAAUUGUUCCCAUUAUACAUCCCAAAUGUUCUUUUCGGCUAACUUGGUUACCAGCGAGGCUGUUUUUCAGAAUGACUUUGAACAAAAGUUGUUGUCUCUAAGAAAUACGACAUUUGUAAUCCAGACGGAGUCCCAAAACUUUACUUUUACUACCUCCGCCAGUGAAGAAGCUCGUCAGUUGCAAACGUUCAAUAAACAGUCGAAGUCUACAUCAUGUAUGACGGUAUCUGCGGUGUCAUAUAAUGAAAAAAAUAUCGAAAGUUUGGAAUAUACGGCUGUAAAUGGGUUGUUGAUGUGUCCACAAAUAAUUUUGAAACAAGAUGAAUAUCACAUGGAGAAAUAUGGUCUCUAUGUAAAAUGGGCAAAUGAAAUAGUUUCGUCGGAUCAAUACGAACAAGAAGAAGAUGGUAGUGUUAAAAUUUGUUUGGAUAACUUUAAAGCCGUUGACCAAGAAAUCCUAGAUGGAAGCUUGGGAAGGGAGGCAUCCACAGCUGAAGCCUGGGUUUCUAGAAUUUGUACGAUAUUGUCUCUGGUAUGUCUCCUAGUUGCCUUCAUUGUCUACUGCGUCUUUAAAUCAUUGAGGAGCAUGCCCGGUCGAAACAACAUGAAUCUCAUAGUCUCUCUCUUCCUAGCUCAGCUGUUAUAUUUGGUGGGAGCAGGACGUACAGAAAUCAAAGGUGUUUGUGAAGCAAUGGCUAUGUUUAUCCAUUAUUUCUGGUUGGCAGCUUUUUGCGCAAUGAACGUUUGCUCUUUUCAUAUGUUCAGAGUUUUUACCACCAUGAGUCGUGACGAUUCUGCCGACCGACGGCGUCGUUUUCUUCAAUACAGUAUUUACAUUUACGGGUUACCUGCGGUUUUAGUAGCAGCAACUCUGGUGGUGCACAUUGUUGCAACAGACAGCGGCACUACCGGUUAUGGCGGAGCAAAUGUGUGUUACUUGUCGUCUGCUCUGGCUAUUCUAAUUGCAUUUGGACUUCCAGUUGCUAUAACUGUCGUUUCAAAUUCUAUUUUUUUUAUUAUAACUCUUCGUGCAAUUAAAAAUCGCCCCAAAAUUGAGAAAAACAAGCAAGACGAACACCACUCGGCUGUCUACAUAAAGUUAUCCACAUUAACUGGAAUGACUUGGACGAUUGGGUUUAUAGCAAUAAUAACGAGGAUAGCGGCCCUGUCCUACAUAUUCAUCUUAAUUAAUGCCAGCCAAGGAGUGUUUUUGUUUAUCUCCUUUGUGUGCAAUGAUCGUGUUAAAAAACUUAUCAUGGAAGGAGGUAAAAGUAGUUCCAGUGCGGGCUACACCCGGAGCACCACAAAAACCAACACCACGGUCUCAGCUGUUGCCGGCAAUAUGCAAGUUCGACCAGGAAAAGAAUGCAAAAUAUAAUUCAAAAAUAGGUCCGGUUUUCAGCAUGACUUAGCAUAAAAUAGUCGUAUUCUGUAAUUGAAUAUUUAUUAUUUAAACAAAAGCGACAGUACUUACCAAACUACCGCAAAAUAUUGUUUUUAAUUUCUGUCAUUUGUUGUUGUAUUAAUUUCUGUCAUCUGUUGUUGUAUUGAGCAUUGUGGAAUAUUAUGUUCUUGUGUUCUUUGUCAUUUCCGGCAAAAAUUGAAAAUAGCCUUUUCAUUGUCAUUUAUCAUUCGAUGCGUCACAAUAUUGAUGUCACAAUAUUUGUAGUAGGAAAUAAAAUCAUUCAGUGAAACACA